UAAGAUAAAAAUCAAAGGUAUAUAAGGAAAAAAGUCAACGUUUCUUUCAGAACAUAAAACCCACUGUCUCCACCAUGAAGCUCACCCUCUUCCUCGCUGUCUCCUGCGCUGUUGUUGCUGUUAUCUACGGCGAGCUCUGCAGAGACGUCAAAGACUGUGGUCACUUGACAUGUGAUAGUUCCUCAAAGCUGGGGUGCUCCCAUGGAGAAUGCACCUGUCUGACUUCAGCCACUGCUGGUUCCUGCGCUCAAGCCACAUGUAAGGCCCGUGCCGACUGCGACAGCUGCAAAUGUAGAGACAGCCGUCAAUCACACCACUGCUACGACGGUCACUGUUUCUGUGGCUUUGGGGGCUUUGGCAAAUAGGCGACAACGGGAACAGAUGAAUGAACAGAUCCUUCUCACCGAUUCAUGUAUUCUACAUUUAUGAAAUGAAAUAUCUAAAAAUAA